GAAUCGUGCUUUAUUGAUACCUGAUUCUCACUCAAUGAAGUCACAGCUGUUCGGUAUUUUACCACCAGUGUUUGUAUUUAUUUGCAUAUUCUUACGCAAGCCUGCUAGUUUACACUGUGUUUCAGAUCAAGGUGCGGUGUGUGGAUAAACCAAUAGAAACAAGGCGCAGAAAAAAUGAACGAUUCAGUUGAUAUUUCAGUGGAAAGUUAUACUGUUAUAAAAGCAGACUUUACGAUCGUCUGCCGGUGUUGUUUGGCGUCCGAUAAUCUGGAAGACAUUUUCUUGCAGAAUCUGGCAAUGAACGCCGAUCUUGUAGAGUUGCUUCGACCGAACUACAUUUCCGUGAGCCAGGGUGAUGGGCUUCCGAAUUUCCUGUGCACUGGAUGCAUAGAUUCUCUGCGUGAUUGGCACAAUUUUCAAAUAAAAUGCACUGAAUCGUAUCGAUUUCUCGAAGAGCUGGCCAGAAACCAAACCGAAGAAGCAGAAGAAAUUUGUGUAGCUCCAGGGGUUAUAAUCGGCGAUGUUAAGAUCGAACAGUUGUAUAUUGAGGAGGAAUCAGUAAGACUAUUCGAGUCACAAGAGGUGCUGAGCAAUGAUGAUCAGGAUUCGGAUACGAAUGUGGAAAAGUUUGAUCCAGCGCAAUAUGGUUCGAUUGAAGCAAAAGAUGAUAACAGUAGGAUGAAUAAAUUGGCGAACAAGAAACGUUAUAUUUACAGUCGCCAGUGUCCGAUAUGUGGAUUAGUGUUGAAACGGGGUCUUAAGGAGCACCUGAUGGUACACAAUGAUCCAACGGGAAGACCCUUCAAAUGUGAUCACUGCGAUAAAACCUACUGCCGCAAGGAGAAUCUUCGACAGCACCGAGAAAGGGAACAUCUAAUGAUUCGAUACCCCUGUGAUAUCUGUGGGAAGGUUUUCAGUACAAAGGAUGUCCUUUCGGUGCACCGAAAGCUACACAAUUCAGAAGUUCAGUAUAAAUGUGAUGAGUGUGACAUGGUUUUCAACUCAAAUAAGUACCUUUAUAAACAUAAGCAGAAACAUCUGGGAGUGAGGAAGUUUAUCUGCUCUUUCUGCGGGAAAUCUUUCAUGGUUGGGGAAUACCUCAAAGACCACUUGCGAAUUCACACGGGUGAGCGCCCAUACGAGUGUAAACUUUGUAGCAAGAAUUUUCGUACCAUGAAUCACUUGCGACAGCAUGGCCGAACUCAUCAGUCACAAGAGAGUGAUGGACCCAGCAAAAAAGUACAUUGUCGAAAGAACGCAAAGCAUACGGCGGAUGAUGAGUUAAAAGUAGAAAAACGAAAAGAACACUAAUAUAUAGAAAUGUUUUAUUGGAACAGUGUGUCAAUAUAAAUCACAUCGUUUACUCUAUAAAACAAUACUCUUUUUUAUUUUGAAUGGCAUUUGAAAUUUUGAAAAACUUAUCGACAAUAAUUUCAAUUUUAGGUGUUGGUUCGCUACAGUCUACACUUUGUCGUAUGUUCACGUAGAUUAGGGACUAUUUAUUAUUUAUAUAACGGAUAUCAGGGGGAGUAACCUGACCAUGACAUGGAAAACAAAUUAAAACGAUUCGUAAUUGGGACAGAAUUGGCGGGAGAGGUGAAGAAUAUUUGGCGGUUUUUGACAUUUUUUGUGCAUGGUCCCCUAAGUAGCACAACCAAUAUGCAAUCUUAAAUUUUUGCUUUUGAGACGUCGAGGAAGUUCCACUCGCGCAUAUACCAACUAUUUGAAGCGAAAAAGACGUCGUAUCACUUUAUAAAUGUAUGAAAUCACAUAAUCAACCUAGUAUGUCACCAAAUACAAAUUACAUAUUUGUAUUUGAUGUCACCGAUUUUUAGCAGAAACUGUAAUGAUGUGAUCAUCAAGACACCAGUUUGGCCAUACAAACUUGUAACGCUAGUGGAGGUGCGAAAACUGACGAAUAAGAGUUGACAACAGCUUGAAGCAACAUGAUAUUGCACCAAAUGUAUGUGAUCCAACACUUGAACCCUCCAUCCAGCCUAGCAUAAGCCAGGCGCACUGUUAUCGAGAAACUGGUAUUAUCCAUUAACCCACGAAAUUGUUUCCGAAUUUUGUGAUAAAAAAUAACUUAUAUCACUUAUUCAUUGCCUCUUAAGGCUUUGGAACAAUUCUUUCUAAGAAAACCAUUGGUUUAAAACCAAUUCUUGCGAAGAGGCACAAAACAUAGCUGUAUAGAUCCAGGGGUUUGUGUUUUGACUUUGUCUCUUCAGAAUCAUGGCACUUGACUACUGCACCAUGCCAACACUAGUCCAUAAUUGAAAGCACUAGUUAUGAACACACUAAACAACUCCUAACUUGCUAUGUACCGUAAGAGAAAAGUUCUGUUUGCGGAAGAAACGCAAACCCCUGGACGUGCAUUUAUGGGAAAAGGCAGUUUAGUUUUGUGCCUUUUCCCAUAAAUCGGUUUUAAACCAA